UCCUCUCCGCACUCGGCCUGAGCCGCUGGCCCGACGGCCCGGCCUGCCAGGGCCAUGCCCGGCCCGGGGCUGCUGCUGGCCCUGCUGCUGCUGCUGCUGCUGCUGAUGAUGAUGACGACGGUGAUGGGCGCCUCCCCCGUGCCAGGCCACGGCAAGGUGUUUGGCGACGUGGACCAGGUCAGGAUGACAUCCGAAGGCUCUGACUGCCGCUGCAAGUGCAUCCUGCGGCCCCUGAGCAAGGACGCCUGCAGCCGCGUCCGCAACGGCAGCAUGAGGGUGGAGGACUUCUACACAGUGGAGACCGUGAGCUCGGGACCGGACUGCCGUUGCUCCUGCACCGCGCCCCCUUCCUCUCUCAACCCUUGUGAGAAUGAGUGGAAGAUGGAGAAGCUCAAGAAGCAAGCUCCGGAGCUCUUCAAGCUUCAGUCCAUGGUGGACCUGCUAGAGGGCACGCUCUACAGCAUGGAUCUAAUGAAGGUGCACGCCUACAUCAACAAGGUGGCUUCCCAGAUGAACAGCCUUGAAGAGGCCAUUAAGACAAACCUCAGUCGGGAGAACGACUUCAUGAAGGAAAGCGUCAUGCAGCUGACCAACCAGAUGAAACACUACGAGAACUACUCUGACAUUAUGGUCAGCAUCAAGAAGGAAAUCUCCAGCCUGGGCUAUCAGCUGCUGCAGAAGGAUGCCGCCGCCGCCGCCGCCGCCGCCCCUUCGGGCAAAGCCCAGAACACAGCUGAAAGUAAAGGCAAGGAAACAAACAAGUACCCCAGUGUCCGAAAGAGUUUUGGGGACAAGGCGACUCCUAAGGUGUCCAAGGAGAAGCUGUUGAAGGCAGAGAAACUGAAGAAGGAGACCGGGAAGGGGAGACCCCUCCAGCCCACCUCCAAGCCUCGGCCCUCCCUCCAUCAGCAGGCGGUGAUUCGGGGCAUCACCUACUACAAAUCCGGAAAGCAAGAAGAGGCUGAGAAUGGGGCUGGUGGCCGUGAAAACACCCUCCGAGAUGGGUCCCGGGCAGAGCGGCAGGAAAACCUACUGGAGGCAAGGAAAGCCGAACCAAACUCUGCAGAGCACCGUGAAGAGAGGACCGAGAGCAGAGCGGGCCCCGGGCCUGAGACUACUGCUGACCCCAUCGUCCAACCUUCCAGUACCGGCACGGCGGCCACUUCCACUUCUGCCUCUUCCCCUCCACCCACCACCACCGCCCUGUCCAUCAGACACAACUCUGAAGUCUCUGUGCAUCCAGAAGCUCCAAACCAAGUUAGAGAGAUGGUGUGUGAGGGCACCAUCCGGUCUGUGGAUGCCCCCAUGAAGCAGCACAGCUACGGGCGGAACGAGGGAGCGUGGAUGAAGGACCCCACGGCCAGGGACGACAAGAUCUAUGUCACAAACUACUAUUAUGGAAACAAUCUGGUGGAGUUCCGGAACCUGGACAACUUCAAGCAAGGUCGCUGGAGCAAUCUGUACAAGCUCCCGUAUAAUUGGAUCGGGACAGGCCACGUGGUUUUCCGGGGGGCUUUCUACUACAACCGCGCCUUCACCAAGAACAUCAUCAAGUACGACCUCCGGCAGCGCUUCGUGGCCGCCUGGACCCAGCUGCCGGACGUGGUGUACGAGGACACCACCCCUUGGAAGUGGCGGGGCCACUCGGACAUCGACUUCGCCGUGGACGAGAGCGGGCUGUGGGUCAUCUACCCCUCCGUAGACUAUGAUUUCUCGCAGCAGGAGGUGAUUGUCCUGAGCCGGCUGGACCCAGCCGACCUCUCCGUCCGGCGGGAGACCACGUGGAAGACCAGGCUGCGGCGGAACUCCUAUGGCAACUGCUUCCUCGUCUGCGGGAUCCUGUACGCCGUGGACGUGUACAACCGGCGGGAGGGGCAGAUCUCCUACGCCUUUGAUACCCACACCAAUACCGAAGUCAACCCCAAGCUGCCCUUCCUCAACGAGCACGCUUACACCACCCAGAUUGACUACAACCCCAAGGAGAAGGUCCUCUACGCCUGGGACAAUGGGCACCAGGUCACCUACAAUCUCCAUUUCGUGGUCUGAGGGCCGAACCCCUCUUUCCACCGACCCCCUUGUCGGGAAGCGUCUUUUUUGUUUUUUUUGUUUGAGUGGUCGCAGGAUAUGGCCCCCUAAGAUGGCCUGCAGCAGUACCCCUAGUCACUCGCCCCAGCCAGGCUGCAGACCCAGGGUGGAUCUGGGUGUUGUUUUGAAUGUGGAGGGUCAGGAUGGCGGAAGAGCCCAAUUCCCCAAGGCCUUCACCGAGACCAGUGCCUUUCAGGAAAAGAUAGAGAGCCACUGCAUCCUUGAAAAUAGGAGGACCGAGCGAAGAAAUGGCCACUCCUUAAAGGGCCUCCAGUGGAGCACAAUCCCUCCCCCUUCCAGUUUCCAUGUGUUCCCUCCUUUGGCCCUGAUGCUUCUUGCUGCCAUUCUAGCAGCUUCCUGCCACUAACACACACCAAAAAUCGGUAGAGGUCAGAGCAAGGAGACAUGAACCCUUGGCCAAUAAUCCCCAGCUAGGUCUUUUGUGAGAUGCAUUGGACAAAAAGGUAUCUUUUCCAGAAAUCCAGGGCUAACGUACUACAUGGAAAAUAAAUAUGUAUGAUCAUAUAUGUAUUACAUAUACAUAUAUAUAUAUAUAUUUAAUAGUAAGAUACAGGCAAGUGAGAGAUAAAGUUUCCAUUUAGUUGUACCUCAGGUCACUAGGGGCCAAUCUCUCUAACCUGCAUUGUUUCACAGCCUGAGCAAUUAACAUUUUCCCCUGCCUAUCACCAAAAUACUUGUGCUCUGCUGCUUCUUCACCUGCUGGAUUAACAAUCAAUUAAUGGUAUUUACUGGGCGCUUGCUGCAUGCAGAGCACUGUACGAAGCGCUUGAGAUAGUACAAUCCAACAGUUGCAGACGCAAUCCCUGCCCAUACAGUGCUUACAGCCAGAUGAGUUUAAGCCACUCCUGGGCCAGUAUACUACUCGUUUCUCUCUGUCUCUCUGUCCUCUGUCUCUGUCUCUCUCUCUCUCAACUCAGGGAGGUGCCUGGUCCAGCACCCAUUCCAAACCUCUAGGGUCACCCGCAGAAAUCACACUCCAAAACACAAAAACAUAAAAACCAGUUCCAAGGUCCUCUCCCUUUUUCUACAUAUAUCUUUUUUUUUUUUUUACUGUAUUCAUAAAUGUCAUCAUCUGUUUCUGCUGCCCAGGGGCCAAGAAUUUUUCAGGCGAAUCAGUACAAAAAAAUGUCCAGGCUGGCCAGUUGAGUGUGAAGGCCUGAUUUCGAAGACUGAUUGGACCUGAGUUUUCUACUCAGACUAUCACUACCACUGUAAGUCCAGCAUCUUGUGAUUCCCAGGAUCAGAUCUAGUCAUUCCUGGGGCCAGACCUGGUCAACUUCCCAGUUUUCCUGCCCCAGCCCCUGGCGUCUUCUUCUACUUGGGGGAAGGGAGGGCACAAGCGAAGGAGUAAGACAGUCCAGCUUUACAGACACACUAAAAGAGCAACUGAGUCUCAUCGUAUGCCCCUGUCCUAGGCAGAAUUCUUUCUUCAUCAGGUGUCCCCAAGUGAUUUCCCCCAGAAAACCCCAAUCCAGGUUCUGCUUUUCACUUCCUCACUGGAGGUCUUUAAUCAGUGCAGCUUUUUCACACUGGAGUGUUUUGAGGGAUGGGGCUGUGGCAGGAAUCCUGCCACUUUCCCUCCCUGUGCUCCUCAAAAGAGUUCUCCUAUGGGUGGGAACAGAGUCUCUGUCAGCCAGUGUGGGGCUUGACUAUGCCCAAACUCUACCCACUUGGCAAACCUCUGCUCCUCUCCCAGGAGAAAGCCUAUCUAUCCUUCCCGGCCCUCUCUCCAGUCUCCCCAGCCCCACCCGAAGUCAAAUGCAGACCACCUUGCUUUCCUCCCCACCCAAGAAUCGUAAAACUUGGAGGUUUCAGAUUUCAGAAUCUUGGAUCCUACCGCCAUCCACAUUUCCUGCCGGACCUGGCUCAUCUUCCUUGGGAGUGAAGUCUCAGAGUAGCCAGGGAGGAAUUCUGCCUCAUUCAGCACCCAAGGGCUCCUCUAAGUAGCUGGGAGAAUGGGGCAAAAAAUGGGGCUAUGACCCAUGGGCCUCUCCAGUACAGGGGAAAGCUUUUCGUUGGGCCCCUCGGUGGGCAAGGGGAACAAUUGGCCCAUCCCAAACAGUCCCCCACGAAUGCCACUUGCACACCAGUGGGGCCAAUCAAUUGUCUCAUUCUUUAAUUUCUGCCCUGAGACCAUCCCCCAAAUCCCUCAUAGGUUAGCAUGCCUACAUUUCAUGUGUUUGCUCCCCUGGGUUCCCUGUUUUCUUGCAUUGCAGAGUCCCAGAGCACUUCAGGGAGAAGCUUCUUUGUGGCACGUACCCUGACCUACAUCACUAAGGGCAUUUAAACAGACCAACAACACACUCAGGGAAACUUUUAGUCCAUCGAAUCAUCUGCCGAAAGCACUAUUAAAACUUUCAAAUGCUCCCUCUUGCCAAUUGCUUGGACAUUGGAAUAUACAUUUAAGGAGCUGCUUUUUCCUUUGUAACCACCUCCCACCCUUGUUCUUCUGGAUUCAAUCAGAAAUACCCGCUCCAGCCCUAGUGACAGAAUAUAUCCCAGCCAUAAUGAUGGCUGCUAUCCCAGACUUGACAGCCCCCUCCUAGCAGACGUGUCCCACUCCACAACACUACCUUACUACCAGCACCCGGUAGCCCUGGGAAAGGCAAUGCAGGAGAAAAAAAAUAGUGACGCAGGAUGAAGUGUGUCAGGGGAAGCAUCAUCAUCAUCGUCAUCAGAUUUAGUGAGGCUCAACUGUAUCCGGAGCACUGUUUCAAGCACUUGGGAACGCACAAUAGAAGUAAAGACACAGCCCCAAACUUGGAGAGCAGGAAGGGUUUGAGCAUUGGACUAGCUUGGGUGCGGUUGGGAAAAUCUGUGUGGGAAUGCCGACCCUGUGGGCACUGCCCACUGCAUGGUAUAUGCCGGGGAGAACCCAACCCGCUUCUCCCCUAGACUUGCUGCAUGAUUCCUUUUCAGGAAGAACACAGCUUCACACUGCUCUUUCAGCUACAAGGAAAGUCGGCUAGGAAUGUCAGAAACUCCUGGGACCACUAAAGGGCAUGUAUUCUCGUAUUCCUGAUUCUUAAAACCUUUGCUUGUGGGCCCUGACCUAGUUUGGGCACACUUUGCAGCCAAGGGGUGGGAGAGAGCCAGUGCCGUAGUUUUAAGUUGAGUUGCUGGAGUGCCAGGAUGGAAAGCAACUGUCCAACAAUCUGGGGCAUUUGGAUAACUGAUCAAAACCCCGGAAGAUUGGGGCUGAACACUAGCUUGGCAUUUAUAACCACAGGGGAACAGCCCAAAUGGCCACCUCAGGAUCAUUCUGAGGGUCCAGGUGGGUCCAUGGAGUAAUAGGCACCUAGGUUCUUUUUUCCUCCUUUUAAUUCUGUAAUCCAGGGUUCCCAGAAUCUGAACCUUAGUGGUCUGACCUCUGGAGCUGGUACAUCUGCCCUGAUUGCUGCUUCGGAUACCUGCCAGUUAAGUUAUAUCGGAGACUAACUUUGCCUUAAAAAGGAAGGGUUUCAAGGGAAAUCGGUAUAUUUUGUUGAAAAACUUUCUAGCAAUUGUUUGUGGAUGUAAUGCGGUUGGAGGGUGGGGAAAGAGGGUUGUAUAUAAUCAGCCUUUGAAAUAAAGGGGAAAAUAUAUCUAAAAAUCAA